UCUGCACAUGAAAUAAGCAAAGGGCACCCAGCCCUCGCAGCAACGCCACCCGGACAUGCCUCCUCUCCUGGCCUCACCCAGCAGCCAGGAGGGAGGAGGGACAGAAGCUUUCCACCCCACCCAAGAGCCAGCAGUCUUUUUGAAGAUCCAAGGGAACUGGUGCAAAGGAUUCUGGGAUGUGGGAUGGCCCCGUAUCCCUCGGGACAGAACGCAGCCCCGGCCACGCUGGUCUACCCGCAGGCUCCUCAGACGAUGAGCGCCCAGCCUCAGACGCGCUCGCCGUUUUUCCAGAGGCCUCAAAUACAGCCUCCCAGGGCAACGAUCCAGAACAGCAGCCCUUCCCUCCGUCCUGGGGCGCAGACACCCACCGCCGUCUAUCAAACCAAUCAGCACAUCAUGAUGGUGAACCACCUCCCGAUGCCGUAUGCAAUGCCCCAAGGACCCCAGUACUGUAUCCCUCAGUACCGUCACAGCGGCCCACCGUACGUCGGGCCUCCCCAGCAGUACCCUGUCCAGCCGCCUGGGCCAGGAGCCUUUUACCCAGGACCGGGGCCUGGAGAAUUCCCUAACGCCUACGGCGCGCCUUUCUACCCGAGUCAGCCGGUGUAUCAGUCUGCCCCCAUCAUAGUGCCUACGCAGCAGCAGCAGCCACCUGCCAGAAGGCUGCGUUCUUGGAUCCGCAUCCGGGAUCCAAACCAAGGAGGCAAAGACAUAACGGAAGAAAUCAUGUCGGGCGGAGGGAGCAGGAACCCCACCCCUCCCACUGUCAGGCCCGCUUCGACCCCUACGCCCCCCCAGCUGCCCAGCCAGGUUCCUGAGCCCAGCCCUGUGGUCUAUGGGACUGUCGAGAGCUCCCCUCUUGCGGCCGCCCCUGCCAGCGCUGUGACGAGUGACCCCAAGCAAGAAGAGAAGCCUAAAGCAGAUCCAGUAUUAAAAUCUCCUUCCCCUGCCCUCAGACCAGAGCCUAGUGGAGAGAGAAGGGAUCAAGCGGGCCCCAGGACGGCCGAGAGCCCUGCGCCCACGGACGCCUCCUCGCCCGAGCUUUCCCUUCCUGCUUUGGCCUCCUCGGCCGUUGUGGCUGCUUCCGCUCCCAGUCACUCGACGCCGGUGACGGACAUGGAAGAUGGACGUGGAUUCUCUUCCCCGAAGCAGGAGACUGUUCCUCCUCUUCCCGGCGCGGCUCCCUGCAUGGAAAGCUCCGCCUGUCCCCUCGCAGAGGAGGGGGACGCCGGCGUGGACGGGGAGCCCCCUAAAAUGGUCCCUAGCGACCUGCAGGAGGCGGCUAGGACGAACUUGACGAGUGAGCUUGAUGGAGUCGGCGAAAGGGCGAUGGAGAGCGAGACUGUGAGUGUCACGGAGCUGGAUCCGCAGGAGGCGGCCGAUGGAGUGGCCGUGGAGCAGGAGGGCGCAGAAGCCUCUCUCGACGAAGCAGAAGGAGCCCCCUUGCCCCCCUCUGCUGCCCUUGCUGUUCCGCCAUCGCCUCUGGCGCCUGCCAGUCCUCCCCUGGCGGUGGCGACGGCUGCAGGGACGGCCGCCACUGCCAUCACUGCCGUGACCUCUUCCGCUGUUUCCCCUGCUACGAGGGCUCCUCCUCCUCCUCCUUCUCCUCCUCCUCCUCCUGCUGCUGCUGCUGCUGCUGCUGCUCCUGCAGCCCCUCUCCCCCAGCUUGCUGCCCCUCUCCCUGCCCUUCAGGGGGAUCCGGAAGGAGAGGCGGCCACCCGAACGACGCUUAGCGAAGGCCCCCAAGAAACUCUAGCGAAAGAGGAGGCGGAGGUGGACGGCCGGACGGAUGGGAACGAAGCGUCUCCGGGUGUGAGCCUGAGGAGGGGCCCUGGAGCAGCCCAAACAGCUGUAACUGCACCAAAGACUUGGACAAAACCAAAAGAUCGGAGCCAGGCUGACGAGGAGAGCGUGGAGGCCGAGCCUGAGCCUAAAGCAGAAGAGGAGCCUGAAGGCGACCAAAUACUUGAAUCCGAGCCCGAGGCCGUGAGCCAAGGGACUUGUCCCAGGAGGGACCUCCCCUCAGACCUUAAAGUAGCCACGGUGGUAGAAGAAAAUGGCGAGCAAGACCAGGAGCCCAUCCGUAACGGAGCAGAGUGCGUCUCCGAGGGAGAAGCAGGCGAUGGACACUCGGGCGGCACGGAGGGUCCCGGCGAAGCCCCCGCCGGCCAGCGCAGACCAGAACCGUGGAAGCCCGCCGGCUCCGAAGGGAAGAAGCAAUACGACCGGGACUUCCUCUUGGACUUCCAGUUCAUGCCUGCCUGCAUCCAGAAACCGGAGGGGCUUCCCCCUAUAAGUGAUGUGGUCCUCGACAAGAUCAAUCAGCCCAAGCUGCCUCUUCGAACUUUGGACCCUCGGAUAUUGGCACGGGGUCCAGAUUUCACACCGGCAUUUGCUGAUUUUGGAAGACAGAUCCCAGGCGGGCGGGGUGCAGGCGCCUGCAAAGUGCAGCCUCCGCCUGGACUCCCAUCUCUCGCCCGCUGUGGGCCCCCAGCAUGCCCUUUGCUGGUCUCGCCUCACCCGCAACUGAGGAGCCUCCAGAUCGGGCUUAUGAACGUCGGACCCCGGAGACCGCAAACCAGCCAGAGGCGUGAGCCUAGGAAGAUCAUAACAGUUUGCGUCAAAGAGGAUGUCCACCUGAAAAAAGCCGAGAAUGCCUGGAAACCAAGCCUGAAGCGUGACACGCAAGUGGAGGACUCGGAAGGCAUCAAGACCCAGGAGCUGUUUCGGAAGGUGCGAAGCAUCUUAAACAAACUGACGCCCCAGAUGUUCAACCAGCUGAUGAAACAAGUGACAGACCUGACAGUGGACACGGAGGAGAGGCUGAAAGGGGUCAUCGACCUGGUGUUUGAGAAGGCCAUCGACGAGCCCAGCUUCUCCGUGGCAUAUGCCAACAUGUGCCGGUGUCUGGUCACGCUGAAAGUGCCCAUGGCAGACAAACCUGGAAGCACGGUCAACUUCCGGAAGCUGCUGCUGAACCGGUGCCAGAAGGAGUUUGAGAAGGACAAGGCGGAUGACGAUGUCUUUGAGAAGAAGCAAAAGGAACUGGAAGCUGCCACCACGCCGGAAGAGAGGACGCGGCUCCAUGACGAGCUGGAGGAGGCCAAGGACAAGGCGCGGCGGCGCUCCAUCGGGAACAUCAAGUUCAUCGGGGAGCUCUUCAAGCUGAAGAUGCUAACGGAGGCCAUCAUGCACGACUGCGUGGUGAAACUGCUGAAGAACCAUGACGAGGAGUCCCUGGAGUGCCUCUGCCGCCUGCUGACCACCAUCGGGAAGGACCUGGACUUUGAGAAAGCCAAGCCUCGGAUGGACCAGUAUUUCAACCAGAUGGAGAAGAUCGUCAAAGAGAGAAAAACCUCCUCCAGGAUCCGGUUCAUGCUCCAGGAUGUCAUAGAUCUGAGGCAGUGUAACUGGGUUUCGCGGAGGGCGGAUCAAGGCCCCAAGACCAUCGAGCAGAUACACAAAGAGGCAAAAAUUGAAGAGCAGGAAGAGCAGCGCAAAGUCCAGCAACUGAUGACCAAAGAGAAGAGAAGGCCUUCCGGAGUCCUGAGAGUCGAGGAAGGUGGCUGGAACACCGUGCAGGGCGCGAAAAACAGUCGGGUGCUGGACCCCACCAAGUUCCUUAAAAUCACUAAGCCCACCAUUGACGAGAAGAUCCAGCUUGUGCCUAAAGCCCAGAUGGGCAGCUGGGGAAAGGGGAGCAGUGGCGGAGCGAAGGCCAGCGAGAUGGAUUCCUUACGACCAAGUGCCACUAGUUUGAACCGCUUCUCUGCACUGCAGCCUCCCGUGUCCUCGGUCACUGCCUCUGCCACCUCCUCCGAGCUGGACUCUCGCAGGGCGUUAACCAGUCGCGGCAGCAUGGGUAGGGAGAAGAACGACAAGCUGCUCCCCUCCUCCCUGUCCCGGCCGAACACCUUCUUGCGGGUCGGCGGGAGCAAAGAGCAGCUCCUGGACAACCAGGCCCAAGAGGAGCAGCGGAGGGAGAUGCUGGAGACGGUGAAGCAGCUGACGGGGGCGGCCUUGGAGAGUGACCGGAACAGCACCGAGGCUGAGAGGCACAAGGGCAAAGAGACGGCUAAGCCUGAAGUGACCACGUCCCCUGCCCAAGAGAAGCCGGCGUUGUCAGAGGAGGAGAUCGAGCGGAAGUGCAAAUCUAUCAUUGAUGAAUUCUUGCAUAUUAAUGAUUAUAAGGAGGCAAUGCAGUGUGUCGAGGAGCUGAAUGUGCUGGGUGCCCUGCCGGUAUUUGUGCAAGUGGGCGUGGAAUCCACCCUGGAGAGGAGCCAGAUCACCAGAGAUCACCUGGGCCAGUUGCUCUAUCAGUUGGUGCAUUCAGGGAAACUCAGCAAACGCGACUUCUUCAAGGGGUUGGUACUUCCCCCACCUCCCCAAGAAAGGGGGGGCGAGGACGCCGGAGGGCUCUCUCGCUUCCUCUCCCCCACGAUGCACCCUCCACUGUUCAACUCUGGUCUGCAAUUUUUGUAAUAGACACCGUUGUUUCUGUUGUGUUGCAGAGAAUUUAGUAAACCUUUACUCCCUGCGGGAAGAGCUGGCAUCUUGAUUUCUGAAAUAUUGCACCUUCUAUGCAAACAAAUGAGCCAUAAGAAAGUGGCCACCUUGUGGAAGGAGGCUGGCCUCAGUUGGAAAGACUUCAUGCCGGAAGAAGAGGACAUCCACGCCUUUCUGGUGGAACAGAAGUUGGAGUUCACAGAAACGGACAGUCCCAGUUCCUCCGAAGCACCUUCCAAGGGAGAACUCUCUGCUGAUGAGCUGCACAGACAGCUGGAGAAGCUCAUUAUGGAGGACAAAGCGAACGACGAGCAGAUCUUUGAUUGGGUAGAGGCUAAUCUAGACGAAAGCCAGAUGAGUUCACCUACAUUCCUUAGAGCUUUAAUGACAGCGGUUUGUAAAGCAGCCAUUAUCGUGGAGAGUUCAAGCUUGCGAGUGGACACUGCUGUGAUCAAGCAGAGAGUGCCGAUCUUACUCAAGUAUCUAGACUCAGACACAGAGAAGGAACUACAAGCACUUUACGCACUACAAGCAUCAAUAGUAAAACUUGAGCAGCCUCCUAAUUUAUUACGGAUGUUUUUUGAUUGCCUGUACGAUGAGGAGGUGAUUUCGGAGGAUGCCUUCUAUAAAUGGGAAAGCAGCAAAGACCCGGCCGAGCAGAAUGGGAAGGGCGUAGCGCUGAAAUCGGUCACAGCCUUCUUUACGUGGCUACGAGAAGCUGAAGAAGAGUCUGAGGAUAAUUAAAACUGAAUACAAAAAAAAAAA